CCAGAGACUACAACAGAACCAACAGAUCCCACGAUCCGACACAACAGUAUCAUCCCUGUGAAUAUUCCAGAAUGAAGUUCAUCGUUUUCCUUGCUCUUUCCUUGGCUGUGCUGUGUCUGGUGAAGGCUCAACCCCUGCCAGAGGAGCACUUCGAGGAGGAUGUGGCUAAAACCUUGGUGGUUAAACCCUUGGUCCAACUGAUGGAGCAACCCGUAGUCCAGGAUGUCACCGAGCAUAGUCGCCAGAAACGAGCCACCUGCGAUCUGCUUUCGAAGUGGAACGUAAAGCACACGGCCUGCGCCGCCCACUGUCUUGCGAAAGGCUUCAAGGGUGGCUACUGUAACGGCAAAGCUGUUUGCAAUUGCCGUCGUUGAUCCUGAUUCGGAAUGGAUUUUAAUCAGACAUAAUGUACACGCUUGCAAAUAAAGUUUAGAACAUUCUCCAAUCCUCAA